UGGUACAGGCGAUGGAUUUCGGAGUUAGAACUUCGGGAUUCGAAGCUCGCUAAUGCCACUUAAUUUUUAUUUAUUUGGAGUCGAAUGCGGUUAUUCUACAUAAUUUUUGGCGACCGCAACCCACCCUACCCUACUGGCUCCAAUAUUCCAUCAGCAAGAAGACUAGGACAACGGUUUCACUGUCUUCAAUGCAGGGGGUCUUCGCCGAGUCUUCUCUUCGUAAACAGGCAUGGAGGAACCCUAAGGAGGGCAGGGUGGGUUUCCUUUCAUCAAAACAUAUUCACGAGGAAAGUGACUGAUAUCGCA